CAUUAGAACAACCGUUCAUGACCGUAAACCGUGUUAAAAAGAAACAUGAAAUUCGUUGUAAAUAUGCAACGAAAUCCGAAACCCGUUUCAUAUGCAACAAGUCCGCCGAGGAUCUUAUUUACAGCGGUCAGUUUCUUGCCGACUUUGCUGAUAUUUGCACGGGCUGACCGUUUUUAAAGUUAAGUCUUCAGAAACUUUGGUGUUGCUGUGGUCUUUUCACGAGUUGGAAACACAGCACAUCAUGUCAUCCACACGAGUAGUGGCCAUCACGGGCUGUGACAGCGGGCUCGGAUGGGCCAUCGCAGCCCGGGCUGCCCGGGAAGGCCUGGUCACUGUUGCAGGGAUGCUGAAAGGUGCUGAUACUCCAGCCGGCCAAGCGCUGAAGAAACUCAGCGCUCACCCGUGCCAAUUAGACGUCACUGAUAAUAAAAGCGUGUCAGAUUUCAAAGAAUACGUCGACAAGCUGCUAAAAGAUAACCCAAACUAUAAGCUGCAUGCGAUCGUGAACAAUGCUGGAGUGAUGACAAUCGGCGACUACGAGUGGCAGAGGCCGAGCAUGAUAGAGGCUACCAUAAAUGUCAACUUAUUAGGGGCCAUGAGAGUGGUGUCGGCGUUUCUACCAGACCUUAGGAGAACGGCGCUACAGUUUCAGGGGGCACAGCCGCGCGUUAUCAACGUAGCCAGCCACUGCGGAUUACAACCACUAGCGGGCUUCGGGGCAUACAGCGCCAGUAAGGCCGGACUGUUGGCGUGGACGCAAUCGUUGCGACUGGAACACGCGCCUCAUGACUUGACUGCAGUCGCUUUCAUACCCGGAGGCUUUGUUGGUGCCAGCAGCCUGUUAUCGAAACAAGCAGAUUAUGGAAGCAGCAUGCUAGAACACUUAGACGAAGAACAAAAGGCAUUCUACGGCAAACGAAUCACAGCCCUCAAUAACUAUUUAGCAGCAGUUUCAUGCGAAACAAGUUUCGAUUCAUUGAAAGAUGAAAUUAUUAUAGAAACCUUUGUAAAAGCGUUGACUGAUGAGCACCCUAAGGAGUUAUACAAAGUAGAAUCAUGGAGAUACAUGUUUUAUUACAAUAUAUUAAAAUUACCGUUACCAGAAAGUGUUCGUCGUAGAAUAAUGAAUAGAUUUUUAAGUUUUCCUGUUGAAUAAAAUAAAGUAGCAUAACUUGUUUAUUCUGUGGACAAUCUAUAUUAUAAUAAUAAAACUCUGAAAACCA